GGCGUGCUUGCCAGGUAGCUGGGUCUCACCAUGGCGGCCUCCUUGGCCGGGAAGAAGAUCGUGUUUGUCACGGGGAACUCCAAGAAGCUGGAGGAGUUCUCUCUGGAUGCUCAUCCCGUUUCCUUCUGAGGUCUUAAUGCAUUUUUCCCUUCUGAUGGAGAGAUGGAGAAAGCAGUGAGGCUUCUGCCAGAUGUCAGCUCUAAUUGCCCUUGCUUGGAUCAAAGGUUUGCCCCUACUCAGUCAGCCAUGGCCAAGGAGGUGGGUCAUAUGUGGGGAAUCAGGAUGACACCCAUUAGAUGUCUGAGGCAGACCAAUGGGGUGCUGUAAUUAAGGGACCCUUCAUUUGUGUACAGCAUAGGGACCGAUGGCACUUGUGUGCCAUUACAGUGUGACCUUCUGAGAAGUCAGAGCCCUGUGUUGAUAAAAGGUUUGGGAUCCUGAGGCCAGUCAAGCAGACAGGCAGUGCCACACUGAACAGAGUCCCCAUGCAGGUCAUUCAGAUUCUAGGAGAUAAGUUUCCGUGCACUUUGGUGGCCCAGAAAAUAGACCUGCCAGAGUACCAAGGAGAGCCUGAUGAGAUUUCCAUUCGGAAGUGUCAGGAAGCAGCUCGCCAGGUGCAGGGCCCUGUACUGGUGGAGGACACCUGUCUGUGCUUCAACGCCCUUGGGGGCCUCCCUGGUCCCUACAUAAAGUGGUUUCUGGAGAAGUUAAAGCCUGAAGGUCUCCACCAGCUCCUGGCUGGCUUCCAAGACAAGUCGGCCUAUGCACUCUGCACAUUCGCUCUCAGCACUGGGGACCCAAGUGAGCCUGUGCACCUCUUCAGGGGCCGGACCUCGGGCCGGAUUGUGGUGCCCCGUGGCUGCCGGGACUUUGGCUGGGACCCCUGCUUUCAGCCUGAUGGAUAUGAGCAGACGUAUGCAGAGAUGCCCAAGGCUGAGAAGAACACCAUCUCCCAUCGCUUCCAGGCCCUGCUUGCCUUGCAAGAAUACUUUGGCAGCCUGACUCCUCCCGGGGCCAGUGAUGACCACUCUGGCUGAGGAUCUGGGGAGGGCUAGCCUGAAACCGCCUCUAUCAGGCAGGCACCUGUCUAAGUACUUCCUCCAGGGUUACCACUUUCCUGGGGGUGUUAGCAGCUGUCAGGAGUAGCUGGCUCUGCUUGGAGAAACUUUGGCCAAGGGACACCAUCCUCUUGCCCUCGGGGAUUCAGUGGUCUACAGCCUCCAGGCCCAGAAUCCGGAAAGGACUUCGGGUGUUAAAACUGGCCUUGGCAGGGUUGAGGGUUUGGGGAAGAACCACACAAACAGCCUUAGAUGUUUCUUAAAUGCAACAGAUAAAAAUUCCAGAGGGUACUUGCUUCCAAAAUAAACUGGGUAUAUCUGCUUUGAAA